AUGAAGCAGAAACGCAAAUUAGGAAUUGGCCUAAGUCGUGAAGAGCGGCAGUUGUUGGUAAUCGGUGAAAUCAUACAGGAACUACUAGAGGCCCACGAACAGAAGAAAGAUGUUAACUUGAAUCGAAUUAAAUCCAGAAUUUCUUCCAAGUAUGGUUUGGAGAGUUCCCCUCGUUUAGUAGAUAUUAUUGCGGCUGUUCCAGUAGAUGCAAAGAUGAUUCUGCUGCCCAAGCUGAAGGCAAAACCUAUUCGCACAGCUAGUGGAAUAGCAGUUGUAGCUGUGAUGUGCAAACCACAUCGAUGCCCGCAUAUCAAUAUGACAGGCAACAUUUGUGUAUAUUGCCCAGGCGGCCCGGAUAGUGACUUCGAAUACUCCACGCAGAGCUACACUGGUUACGAGCCUACUUCGAUGCGAGCCAUCCGCGCUCGUUAUAAUCCCUUUCUCCAGACAAAGAGUCGUGUUGAACAACUGAGACAAUUGGGACACUCGGUUGACAAGGUCGAGUUCAUAGUAAUGGGCGGGACUUUCAUGUGCCUCCCAGAGGACUACCGAGACUAUUUCAUCCGAAACUUACACGACGCGUUGUCAGGUCACACGAGUGCAAACGUUGCUGAAGCGGUGAGGUAUUCAGAGAAGUCGCCGACAAAAUGUAUUGGAAUCACAAUUGAGACUCGACCGGAUUAUUGCUUGAAGAGGCAUCUUUCUGAUAUGCUGUCGUAUGGGUGCACUAGGCUGGAGAUCGGGGUCCAAUCAGUUUAUGAAGACGUCGCACGGGAUACCAAUCGGGGACACACUGUAAGGGCGGUUUGCGAGAGUUUCCAGUUGUCCAAAGAUGCUGGAUAUAAAAUUGUGGCUCACAUGAUGCCGGAUUUACCGAAUGUUGACUUUGAGAGGGAUAUUGAACAGUUCAUUGAAUUUUUCGAAAAUCCUGCUUUCCGAGCUGAUGGAUUGAAAAUUUACCCGACAUUGGUUAUUCGUGGAACCGGACUUUACGAAUUAUGGAAGACAGGACGGUAUAAGAGUUAUCCACCUUCGACUCUGGUGGACUUGGUUGCAAAGAUUCUUGCAUUGGUGCCGCCGUGGACAAGGGUCUAUCGUGUACAGCGUGAUAUUCCCAUGCCCUUAGUAAGCUCUGGAGUCGAACACGGCAACCUUCGAGAGUUAGCUCUAGCUCGAAUGAAGGACUUAGGCACCGACUGCCGAGACGUUCGAACUCGUGAAGUUGGCAUCCAAGAGAUCCACAACAAAGUUCGGCCCUUCGAAGUAGAACUAAUUCGCCGAGACUACGUAGCCAACGGAGGCUGGGAGACAUUUUUGUCCUACGAAGAUCCUGAACAAGACAUCCUUGUUGGUCUGCUACGAUUGCGAAAAUGCUCCCCCGAAACUUUCCGGCCGGAAUUGAAAGGUCAAUGUUCAAUUGUUCGUGAAUUGCAUGUUUAUGGAUCGGUGGUUCCAGUGAAUGCUCGUGAUCCUACUAAAUUUCAACAUCAGGGUUUCGGCAUGCUGCUGAUGGAAGAGGCAGAAAGAAUUUCGCUAGAAGAACAUGGUAGCACGAAACUUGCUGUGAUUUCCGGUGUUGGGACAAGGAAUUACUAUCGUAAAAUGGGAUAUGAACUGGAUGGGCCCUACAUGUCGAAGAUGUUAAUUUAAAUUGUAAAUAAUUCAAUCUCUACCAAUGUAGCUCUACAUACAUAAUAAAAGUGUCUUGUUUUUAAAAUUUA